GCAUAAGAAACUUCGGUACCUUCUUGAGCCACCCGUCUAUGCAGAAGUAACAGCUCGUCGAGGUGCGAACGUCACUCUUCCCUGUUUGAUGCUAUUUAAACCACCCCAGUAUAAAGUGAAGUGGACAAAGUUGGAACCACUGCACCGUGGAGUAGAAAACAUCGUUCUCAUCACAAAUGGUCAGGCGCAAAAGGGAUAUGGCUUGCUGGGGCCCCGGGCAUCGUUGCGCCGAGCUUAUCCAUUGGAUGCCUCCCUGCGCAUCAGCAACCUUGAACUGGAGGAUGACGGAAGGUUCCGAUGUGAACUUGUCAACGGAAUAGAAGACGAAAGUGUCGUUCUUACCCUGAGAAUAGAAGGGGUUGUAUUUCCUUAUCAGAGUUCCAAUGGUCGUUACCAAUUUAACCACCAGGAGGCCAAAGAGGCUUGCCAUGGACAGGACGCUACGCUGGCUACGUAUAAGCAGCUGUACAGAGCCUGGACAGAAGGACUUGACUGGUGUAAUGCGGGAUGGUUGAAUGAUGGGACAGUCCAUUACCCCAUCCUGCACCCACGGUCGCAGUGCGGAGGGGAGAAACUCCACGCUGGAAUUCGCAGCUACGGCCCCAAAGACAAGACCCGGGACUACUUUGAUGCCUUUUGCUUCACUUCUAUAACAGCAGGGUAUGUGUUUUUCAUCGGAAGCAAACUGAACUUUACAGAAGCAAUAGAGGUUUGCAGGGAGAAGGGGGCGGAGCUGGCCCGAGUCGGUCAGCUGUAUUCGGCCUGGCACUUCAGGGGCUUGGACCGCUGCGAGGGAGGCUGGCUGUACGACGGCAGCGUGCGCUUCCCCAUCACCAACCCCAGGAAGCGCUGCGGAGACCUGCGCGAGCCAGGGGUGCGCAGCUUCGGCUUCCCCAGCAAGAACCUGCGGCUCUACGGGGCUUACUGCUACAGGUAGUGGGGCUGGGGGGAAGACUUUGAAGGUUGCACACUGACUCUUCAGAAGAUGUCAGCAGGAAAAAACGUGCUUGGGCAGUUUUAAAACAGUGGUUAAUGUUUGCAAGUUUAAGGAUAACUGCUUGUAUUUAAAAUUCAAUUGCAUUACCUCCUGACUUUGUGAUUAUGUUAAUAUUUAUAAGCAGUGGUAUUUGCUGUGACUGGAGGACAUUGUCAGUGAGUAUCAGGAUUACAUACUGCCACAUGAAGGCUGAGUACUGAGAAGUGGAACAAUUGUGAGCAUUUUUCUUCAGUUUUAAUUCAGUUCAUAACAGGUUCAAAUGGAUUAUAGCAAAAUCUUUUGUUUUGUUGCUUUUGUGUUCAUGCUUUUUGAUCACAUGCUCAUGUGAUCAAUAUAAUAGCAGUCUCCAUAGAAUUAAUAUACUGUAGCUAAAAUGAAUGUUAAUUUUCACCAUGGACAUGGAAGAACUUCAUAUGAUGUUAAUUUGUGGAAUUCAGAAAUUACCACCUUAUUCAUCAUAAAUGUAUUUAUUUUGUAGCCAGGGGAGACAUUUAUUUUAAUGUGAUUGUAUUCAACCCUCCAUUCUGUGCAUAGUCUGUCACCCUGCUUGAUCCAUUAAGUCCAUAAUCUUAAUUCACUGUAGUUCAAAUUAAUUUGAAAAGAUGAUUCUGUGUUUAAUGUAGAAAUGCAUCAAUAAAGUAAAUAAUUAUAUUGUAGAUUGAACUGAAUUCUGUUAUAUUAAUAUGGAAUAUUGCUAAUCGUUUCAUCAAAAUUGUACUCCCACUUAAUGUCCAAACAUCCUCUGUAAACAUUUUUUUUAUUUCUUUUGAUUCAAGCUCAGUGAGUGUUUCAAUGCGUCUCAAUUGCUGUACCUUACUAUAUGUGUGCUUUUUCAGUAUUAAGAAGUUAUGCCCAAAUAGAUAAGCAUUAAUGGAGUAUGUGAUUAAGUAUGACAGCACUAUACGCUAUUCAGUUACAAUGCCCUAUCAUAUCUUUGAACUGGAGAAAGAAGGCAGGACAAAAAUGGCAGUUGAACCUUGAAUACGCGUAUUUCAUGAAAACCUUUAUGAAACCCGUGCAGCUGUUCAGACCGAUUUGAAACAACACAUAUUUAUGACACAGUGCACAGCACGGAACACUUAAACAUACUGUGGAUAGUAUGGGUUUGUGUGUACUUUGAAUAUUACAAUAUUACAAUUACAAAAUUGACAGAAUAGAUCAUUCAGACAGGCAGAAUUCUUCCUCUGUGGUUCAUCCUGUCACUCUGAGCCCAAAGAUAUUCUAUGGGCUUACCUGCCGAGAAAAACUGCUCUGAAUUCUCAGUGCUACAAGAAUGCAAGAUUGAGAUCAGCCUUCUUGGUAAAGACAUAAUACCAGACCUAACACUGACAUCAAAGCUCCCUUUGGUAACAUCCGUCUAUGGGCCACUCACAAAGAGCAUCUCCGCUUUGUGGGAAUUUCAGUGAAUAGAAUACCUAAUAAGUUGACAAGUCAAAAUGAAUGGAAUGCAUAGGGGUGAAAGGAAAAGGUACAUACAAAAAAGGCUCUUUGCAGUGCUGUUUAAUGUCUGCUGAAGCAAAAUGUGAGAGAGCCAUAUGAAUGAAAUGUGAUUGACUGUGAGGGAAAGAGAUCAAUGACAAGUAUAUCAGCAGGGAGAAGAUUGGUGUUGUAUAACACCUGAAUUGAAGUUGAAAAAGUGUGGUUAAUAAAUGGUAUACUCCUCAAUCAAUCAUUUUGCAGAGAGAGAGAGAUAGAAAAGAGGAAGGGUAUCCUGACUUGAGCAGAUUCAAGCAGACUGUAAAAAGGUGAAUUAUUUAUGUGCGCUGUAAAGACCUGUUCCCCUCAUUAUAAUAAGGCCUUUCCAUCACACUGGCAUUUUUCAAAUGUUCACAUCAACACCCUACCACUAGUUUAAAUAGCAGUAGUCAGGACUUGUCAGUGGGAGUUAUUUUCUGAGGGAUUUUGAGUCCCCGCGUCCCAUUAAAUUAGCAUACCUAUGCAGCUUUAUGGAUGAACAUACAGAAUUCUGUCAGUAGAGGGAGACAUAUGAUAAGAGAUAGUACUUCUCAUUGUUUCAUUCUGCCAUAUGUACCCGACAAAAUCCACGGCAAGUAGUUGUUACCAUUCUGCAAGUCAUGACACGGUUAUUACUUGUGAUUCAUUCAGCUAUAAAAUGUCUUUUGUCUCCAUUGUACUAAAUUUGGUGUGAGAGUUAAAGGGGAGUGAAGUAAAGGAAGGCUGCAGUAUUGCAGUAAUGGAGUUACUUUGUUACAGCAGAGCAGAAGCAGAUACUCACAUUACCGGCCAUUGCUCCUCUGAACUCAUCAUAUUGCCACAACUAGCAUCUACUGCUGGCAACUAGCCACACUAGCCUAUGAACUCUGCUGACAAUGCUAAGAUUGCUAUUGUAUUGUUUUACUUUUACAAUUACAAUUAAAUAGAUUGCUCAUGUAGUUUGUUUCCUGAUUUCUUCAUAAUAGAUUUCUAGAUGUCUUAUAUUAUCUCUGUAUACCUGCAAAGAUUGUUGCAUUUUUUGAAGGAUUGUUUCACUAUUUGUAACUCCCAUUUUCCAUUGGCCUCCCCAAGCUUGGAUUCAGUUGAGCUAAAUUCAGUAGCAUAACCCCUUCAGAUGCUCACCAUUUUGACUCAACGGAUACAUCUGUUCUGGGAUUGCCUUUCUAGCUGCUGAAUCACUCACUAAUCCUCAUGGCGGCUAACAGGUGCAUGCAACCUUUUAGGGUCGUAAACUGUGUUUAACUUAGAUGCAAAUGCCUGGAACUUAAUUUGCGCACCUGUGAAUUUAAUAAAUACGCAAUCUGCACCCAGUUUAUAUUUUUAUAACAUUCAAGGAAACAGAAUUUGUGUGUUAAAUUAAAUAUAAAAAUAAAAUAACAUGCAUGUUUAUCCUUUAGAGAACAAAUAAAAUAUGCAUACAGAGCAAUUUUGAGUCAGAGGUAUUUUUCACUUACUGUGUAAAAGUGAGACUACCGAAGAUGGCCUCAUCUGCUAUUAAAAUAUGUGAUGAGCAUUCACAAAACAUAUUAUUGGGUUAAAAACAGUAUCCAUGUUUUAUUCCAUUAAGGCUGACACACAUAAUCUUCAAGAUCACAGGUACUCACACUAAUUAUUAUCUGUACUGCAUUAGCCAUACAGAGUUAGCAAGGAGCAUCGGGAAAAUGACAGGAAAGGUGUUUAAAAAAAACAGCAACGUCAUUAACAGUUCUGUUAGAAAACCUAGUCAUUUAUGAAAGUGUGUAACAGUGUGGCAAGUAGCAAGUAGGUACCAUGUACCAGAUGGUACCUAUUUGCUUAACAAUUCACCAUAUUCUUCAUACAAUUUAAUUACCUGUUAAGACAUCAGUUUACUGAUAGGGAUGCUGCACCAUUACAGAAACAAUACAAAGAGACUGCUUGAGCUUUGUGAUAUAAUCAUGGUUUCUAUCUGAGCACAGCUCAACCUAUAAUUGUAUGACAAGAUUACCAUACAUUUUUGAACUCUAAUUUUUGAAACAUUAAUACACUGGGAUGAAAUUGCAACCCCACAAACAAGUUAGCUACUAAAUGAAUGUACAGUAUUAACAAUAAUAGAGCAUGGAAGAUAUAUGAUAUGUGAUUUUGCCUGGAUUAUUCUUGGUUUAUUGCUUUUGAUAAUAAAUGUGGGCCCUUAGGAAGGGGACACAUUCCAAGGAUUGUUGAUUGAGGGUAUGAAUAUGAUUCUUAUUUGGACGGAAAACGCUGGUUUGAAAGAUACUGGAGAAAUGUAAACCACAUCGCCAACUUCUACUUGAUAAUUAAAUGUUAAACAUUAAACACUAAACAUUACAUUGUUAUGCUUCAAUUACA